CCUCGGGGCGCGGGGAACGACGGUAGAGUGGUGCUCAGACAUUACCCACAGUUGUUGUGAGCGUAUGGUGCCUUCCCCAGUAGACCGCCGGGGCCCCUACUCAGGGAAUCGGUAGAGCUCGUGGCCUUCAGGUGUUCUUACUUGUGUGGGAACGGAUCCCAGUGUAACUGGUCGUCUCGCUGACAGGUCCCGGUGACCCCGGCCGGCCGGGGAGGGUUCCGAGCGCUUGGCAACAUGGCUUCCCCGCCCCACCAGCAGCUGCUGCAGCACCACAGCACCGAGGUGAGUUGUGACUCCAGCGGAGACAGCAACAGCGUGAGGGUCAAAAUCAACCCCAAGCAGCUGUCCUCCAACAGCCACCCCAAACAUUGCAAGUACAGCAUCUCCUCCAGCUGUAGCAGCUCCGGGGACUCAGGAGGGAUCCCCAGGAGAAUGGGCGCCGGAGGCCGCCUGCGCAGGCAGAAGAAGCUGCCCCAGCUGUUCGAGAGGGCCUCCAGCCGGUGGUGGGACCCCAAGUUUGACUCUGUGAACUUGGAGGAGGCUUGCAUGGAGCGCUGCUUCCCGCAGACCCAGCGUCGCUUCCGGUAUGCGCUGUUCUACAUCGGCUUCGCCUGCCUUCUCUGGAGCAUCUAUUUUGGGGUACAUAUGAGAUCCAAAUUGAUUGUCAUGGUAGUCCCUGCUCUGUGCUUCCUCGUGGUGUGUGUGGGCUUUUUUCUGUUUACCUUCACCAAGCUGUAUGCCCGGCAUUAUGUGUGGACCUCGCUGGUUCUCACUCUCCUGGUGUUUGCCCUGACCCUGGCUGCCCAGUUUCAGGUCUUGACGCCUCUCUCAGGACGAGUUGACAGUUCCAAUCAUACUCCUGCAGCCAAGUCGGCAGACACUUGCUUAUCUCAAGUGGGGAGCUUUUCCAUGUGCAUUGAAGUGCUCUUUUUGCUCUACACCGUCAUGCACUUACCUUUGUAUUUGAGCUUGAUUUUGGGAGUGGCCUAUUCUGUUCUUUUUGAGACCUUUGGGUAUCAUUUCCGAGACGAAGACUGCUUCCCCUGGCCUGGAGCGGGGGCCCCACAGUGGGAGCUGCUGAGCCGAGCCCUGCUCCAUGUCUGUGUUCAUGCCAUCGGGAUCCACCUGUUCAUCAUGUCACAGGUGAGAUCCAGGAGCACCUUCCUCAAGGUGGGACAGUCCAUCAUGCAUGGGAAGGAUCUGGAAGUGGAAAAAGCCCUGAAAGAGAGGAUGAUUCAUUCUGUGAUGCCAAGAAUUAUAGCUGAUGACUUGAUGAAACAGGGGGACGAGGAGAGUGAGAAUUCUGUUAAAAGGCACGCCACCUCCAGCCCCAAGAACAGGAAGAAAAAGUCUUCCAUACAGAAAGCCCCCAUUGCGUUCCGCCCGUUUAAGAUGCAGCAGAUCGAAGAAGUCAGUAUUUUAUUUGCAGAUAUCGUGGGCUUCACCAAGAUGAGUGCCAACAAGUCCGCCCAUGCCCUGGUGGGUCUCCUCAACGAUUUGUUUGGCCGCUUUGACCAGUUGUGUGAGGAGACCAAGUGUGAGAAAAUCAGUACCCUGGGAGACUGCUACUACUGUGUGGCUGGGUGUCCGGAACCCCGGGCCGACCAUGCCUACUGCUGCAUCGAAAUGGGCUUGGGCAUGAUAAGAGCCAUCGAGCAGUUCUGCCAGGAGAAGAAAGAGAUGGUGAACAUGCGUGUUGGGGUUCACACGGGGACCGUCUUGUGUGGCAUCUUGGGCAUGAGGAGGUUUAAAUUUGAUGUGUGGUCCAAUGAUGUAAACCUGGCCAAUCUCAUGGAGCAGCUGGGAGUGGCUGGCAAGGUUCACAUUUCCGAGGCCACUGCAAAAUACCUAGAUGACCGGUACGAAAUGGAAGAUGGGAAGGUUACUGAGCGUCUCGGCCAGAGUGUGGUUGCUGACCAGUUGAAAGGUUUGAAGACAUACCUGAUAGCGGGUCAGAGAGCGAAGGAGUCUCAUUGCAGCUGUUCAGAGGCCUUGCUUUCUGGCUUUGAGGUCAUUGACGGCUCGCGGGUGUCCUCAGGCCCUAGGGGACAGGGGACAGCAUCGCCAGGGAGUGUCAGUGACUUGGCGCAGACUGUCAAAACCUUUGAUAACCUUAAGACCUGCCCUUCAUGUGGAAUCACAUUUGCUCCCACAUCAGAGGCCGGCGCAGAAGGCGGGGCGGUCCAGAACGGCUGCCAGGAGGAGCAGAAGAACAGCGCCAAGGCUUCCGGAGGGCCCAGCUCCAAGACACAGAAUGGACUGCUCAGUCCUCCCCCCGAGGAGAAGCUCACCAACAGCCAGACCUCCCUGUGUGAGAUCUUGCAGGAGAAGGGAAGGUGGGCAGGUGUGAGCUUGGACCAGUCGGCUCUCCUUCCGCUGAGAUUCAAGAACAUUCGGGAGAAAACAGAUGCCCACUUUGUGGACGUCAUCAAGGAGGACAGCCUGAUGAAAGAUUAUUUUUUUAAGCCGCCUAUUAAUCAGUUCAGCUUGAACUUCCUGGAUCAGGAGCUAGAGAGAGCCUACAGGACCAGCUACCAGGCAGAGGUUAUAAAGAAUUCUCCCGUGAAGACUUUUGCCAGUCCCACCUUCAGCUCUCUCCUGGAUGUGCUUCUGUCAACGACAGUGUUUCUGAUUCUCUCUGUUACCUGCUUCCUGAAGUAUGGGGCUGUCUCCACGCCGCCCCCGCCGGCUGCUCUGGCGGUCUUCUGUGCGGCCCUGCUGCUGGAGGUGCUAUCCCUCGUGGUCUCCGUCAGGAUGGUGUUCUUCCUGGAGGAUGUGAUGGCUUGUACCAAGCGCCUGCUGGAGUGGAUAGCCGGCUGGCUCCCACGCCAUUUCAUUGGGGCCAUCCUGGUGUCCCUUCCCGCUCUCGCGGUCUAUUCACACGUCACCUCCGAAUUUGAGACAAACAUACACUCCACCGUGCUCACGGGCUCGGCUGUCCUGAUCUCCGUGGUGCACUACUGUAACUUCUGCCAGCUCAGCUCCUGGAUGAGGUCCUCCUUAGCCACCGUCGUCGGGGCCGGGCCUUUGCUGCUGCUCUAUGUGUCCCUGUGCCCGGACAGUUCCAUAGUAAUUUCAGACCUUGCUGCAGUACAGAAUUUCAGCUCUGCAAGGAGUCCGUGCAAUGCUUCGCUGCUGCAUGACAGCAGGAAACCAGCCAGCCUGAUUGGCCAGGAGGUGAUUCUUGUCAUCUUUCUCCUGCUUUUGCUGGUCUGGUUCCUGAAUCGAGAGUUUGAAGUCAGCUACCGCCUGCACUACCACGGGGACGUGGAGGCGGACCUGCACCGCACCAAGAUCCAGAGCAUGAGGGACCAAGCCGACUGGCUGCUGAGGAACAUCAUCCCCUACCACGUGGCUGAGCAGCUGAAGGUCUCCCAGACCUACUCCAAGAACCACGACAACGGAGGCGUCAUCUUCGCCAGCAUCGUCAACUUCAGCGAGUUCUACGAGGAGAACUAUGAGGGCGGCAAGGAGUGCUACCGGGUCCUCAACGAGCUGAUUGGGGACUUCGACGAGCUCCUGAGCAAGCCGGACUACAGCAGCAUCGAGAAGAUCAAGACCAUCGGGGCCACAUACAUGGCGGCGUCGGGGCUGAAUGCCACGCAGUGCCGGGAUGGCGGCCACCCGCAGGAGCACCUGCAGAUCCUCUUCGAGUUCGCCAAGGAGAUGAUGCGCGUGGUGGAUGACUUCAACAACAACAUGCUCUGGUUCAACUUCAAGCUCAGGGUGGGCUUCAACCAUGGACCCCUCACGGCGGGCGUCAUUGGCACCACCAAGCUGCUGUACGACAUCUGGGGUGACACGGUCAACAUUGCCAGCCGGAUGGACACCACGGGGGUGGAGUGCCGCAUCCAGGUGAGCGAGGAGAGCUACCGCGUCCUGAGCAAGAUGGGCUACGACUUCGACUACAGGGGGACAGUGAACGUCAAGGGCAAAGGCCAGAUGAAGACCUACCUUUACCCCAAGUGCACGGACAGCGGGAUGGUGCCGCAGCACCAGCUGUCCAUCUCCCCUGACAUCCGCGUCCAGGUGGACGGCAGCAUCGGUCGCUCUCCCACGGACGAGAUCGCCAACCUGGUGCCUUCCGUGCAGAACCCGGACCAGGCGUCCCUGGGUUCCGAUCACAACCUGCAGGCCAAGGACGUACACCUGACUUCGAAGAGACCCUGGAAGGAGCCCAUCAAAGCCGAAGAAAGGUGUCGGUUCGGCAAAGCCAUAGAGAAAAGCGACUAUGAUGAAAUGGGGCUGGAGGAGACCAGCGAGCUCACCAAGCUCAACGUCUCGCAGAGGGUGUGACGCAGCCCAGUGCUGCCCACGGUGCUCUGUCCGUCGAAACAGCCGUCUCCGUGCUUGGCUGUUGUGUGUUCCAAGCGCCACAGUUCCCGUCCCCAGACGUGGUGUUGUGUGGUCGUUGCAGCCCUAACUUCUGUGUGGAUCACAGUUAUUCAGGGUUCAUUUUCAUCCAGUGUCUCUGUCCCACCUUUAUGGCCCCUUCCCCUGCUGUGGUGUGAUGUUUGUUGCUCAGAGAACAAGUGCCUUCGGGGGCUGGAGGCCUCGGGUCCGGGGAGGCGUGGCCUUGGGUGGUGUCCAACGUUGAAACAAAGCUGUGGUUAAGAUGUUAUUUUUAUUGCUUUUUCUCACGGGACACUUUUUGUUUUAUCCCUAAUACAAUGAUUUUGAGGGUUUUUUUUUUCUGUAUACAUAAUAGUGUUUUCCAGUGACCUGACCUUUCUAUGUAAACACGCACACACACUUGCAUUCAUGAAUCUGAGGUCAAGUGCCAGUAACUCACCAAGCGGGGAUGCUUGGGGGUGGGGGUCGUGGGGCUGAGGUGCCCCUCCCCACUCGCACCUUCCAGGGCACGCGGGCCCCACGCCUGCGGCUUUAGGGCUUCCUGCGCCUGCAGGCCGAGAUUCCAAAUGCUAAACAGUGUCACAGCUCGGGAACCCAGGCCUCAGGGAUCUCAAAGCCGUUUUCCAUUCUGCCCCCGCCCUGAGAGGGUCUUCCAUCUGGAGCAGAGGGGCUGUGACUCGUCCAAGAGGGGCGCACAAAAUAAACAUCCGAGGGUUGCGUUUAUUUAUUUAUUUAUUUAUCAGGAACUGCGUGUGAUUCGGGGAGGGUUGCCGGGGUAGUUGUGAAGGGAGUAGGCGGGAAAGGAGGGGUGGGCAAAGGCUCAGCAGGAGGAUGAGAAGAUGGUCACUCCUGCCUCAGCCACUUGGGGCCACCUCUCCCGCAGUUGCAGUUGGGGCUGAGUAGGCCCUAGGUGGGCCCCCCACCUGCAUGCUCCAGGUCCAGGGGGAAGCCCUCAGUCACCAUUUAAAAGCCCAAUGCUCCUCUCCUGCCCUGCACCCACGAAGUCUCCCCAUGGCUGGGUUGGGAGUAGAGCGUGGCUCUGCGGGAAGCUGGAGGUCUGGGCAGAGCAGCAGGGCCAUGCCUUCCAUUCUCUGCCUGGCAGGGCCUGCUGGUGGCAGGAUUGAGCCUGGUGAGUGAAUCCCAGCCCUCCUCAGAUGGAGCUCUUACACUGUAAGUGGGGACAGAUUCAUCUGGACAUAAAUGUGUUGAAACCCGGGAAGUCACUUCUGUGCCCUUUGUUGCUAAUCCUGCUUGUAAUUACAUUUGCCACGUUGAGUCUGGAGUUUAUGUAGAGCUGUCCUCAGGCCAGGGUUGUCCAGUCACAGUCACAUGACACCUUACAGCUCAUGGGGUAACUUGAGGACCAGCUCCUUCCCUGUUUAAGGUCUUUACCGACAUGCCCUGUGCAUUUGUUUUUCACUGGUAAAUCUCUGUGCAGCUUUCACAUCUGCAUUAAGUCCUGUUAUCACUCCGCCUCACCAAACACAUUCAGAAUCUGGCCCUUCCAGCACCAUGAAGUAUUGAUUCUGAUCAGCCAGCUCCCUGGGCACGUGCGUGGGACGGCCACCCGGCAGGGCGGUCACAGCCAGGAGCUCGACGUCCAGGGAGGUCUGCCUUCAGGUUCCACUGUCAGAUUGUUGGUCUUCCAGUGCCGGAGAAUGGAUGAUUGUGACAAUACCUCUUGCUUCUAAAGAAUGUAUUCUUCUAAAAUACCACAGAAUUUUUAUUUCUAUUUUUUCUUAGAAACACUACCUGAUGCUCUCAUCGUCUGUAAGGAUCGUGGGCGCAUCAAGGGUCCCUCCCAGCAGUAUUCCAGUGGGUGUUGAGUAUGGCCCCCUCCCUUGGCGCCUAGCUCCCGGCUCUGCAGCUUUGGUGGCAGCUGUGAGGGGCUGGGCGGUGGCCGAUGAGCAUCCACGUCUCUGCUAUUUCUCUCACAAUGCGCUCCACAAAGUUCACCUCUGCACACCCUUCCUCUCUAUCAGACUCUUCUUUUCCCUCCUCUCCUGCGAAGAUGUCUGUGAUUCCUGACCCUUGGGAAGCUGAGGAGCUGCAGACGUGGAGAGAGAGUGGUGACAUCUCGUGCGGUUCAGCACGGUGCAAACUGGAGCCUUUGAGGGACAGUUGAAAUUGUCUUUUAAAAACACCCUGAGCCUUCGUAAGCAAUCAGUACAGAUUUCUCCCUGGGCCACCAGUGACUCGGGGCCUUCCCAGUUCCUGCUCGGAAGCAUACCUCAGUGCAGAACCACAGAGUCCCUGCAGUGGCGGUGCUGGCCGUCUGACUGUCGGCAUGGAGCAGACGGUUUCUGAAGACAGGCAGGCUUCUUGGCGGCGGGGUCACAUGCUCCCGACUGACUCAGUGGAUGCGUUCUUCAGAGCGGCAAUACCUCCUGUGAACUUAGGGCAGGAAGCAAUACUUCAGAAUUGAAUGUGUGUAAAUAGUUGCUUUGAGUUGCAGUUGCAAAUUUCUUCUCGGCCUCAGGUCAGAUCAAAUUAUAUAUAUAAAAACUACAUAUAAACAAGCACACGUAAUUGUAUCUAAUGCAAACAAAUGCAGAGCAUCCGUUAGGAAACCCUUCCGGAGCUUGGAGGGCCACCCAGAUUAUGCAGCACCCGCCCACAGCUCUGUCACCCUGACUGCACCGCGGAGACACCUGCACAUUUGCACUUGACAACGGAGAGCCAGAGGGCCGCGUGCUUCCCGUCACGUGGGCUGUAGGGAUGCGUACUUUCCAAAGACCUGUCCGCCUUUGCAUUUCUAGAUUUUUGAGGUAAGCACUUUUUGGUGAUUGUUUUGGGAAAUCACUUCAUGCCUAGAAUCUGAAAUCAGCGAGAACCAACUGUUUGUGUUCUCCAUCUUUCCUUUGCUCUUUUUAAAUUGUUCAUCCUAAUAAUUUCAAAGUGCAUCCACUGAAGAAAUGGACAUUAAAAUACUCUAAAAUCUCAAUA